AGCCCCAACCAAAUCCCCCUCCUUGGAGCCUCCCGCUAUGCGAAUCACUUCCACAGGGGCCAAUUUUUGAGCAGGUGAAUCGAUUCUCAUCUCCUUUUAUUCGAUCGAUCGCCCAAUCUCCGCAAAUUAGGGCAAUUUUCUCCGAUUCUCGUAGUAUCGGCGUUUCCGUUCCGGAUCCGUGCUCCAACCCUACCGGAUCUGAGUUCCGAUCAUGCUAUGGAUUACAUUUCAAAGUCAAUGGCUGUUUGAGGUGUAGGAAACCUGAAGGAACAAUAUUGCUUCCUGCAACAACGUGAUAAGCAAAACAACAGUCUUUCAACUUCUAAUGGGUCGCUCGCCAUUGAAGGAUCAUUAUGUGAAUCUCCCAAGAAGACGCUCGUUAAGGCUUAUGGGAAUUAAUGGCAUAUCAGAGGGCCCUAGUGGUGAAAUAACUUCUCAUAGUCGUAUCAAAGUUGAGGUGACAGAUCCUGAAGAAAGCACCUCUUCUUCCAUACUAAACGAUUGUGUAACUGUUGCCGCUAACAGCAGAAGUGACAAGAAUUCUUGCAAGAAAGAAAGCAACUAUGACAUUGAUGAACAAAAUCCUCAGGACAUAUCAUUAAAGGAUCUACGAGCCAGAUGUAAAGCUAAAAAGCGCAAAGUCCUAGAAUCUUCUCCUUCCAAAGAAGGUGAUGUUUGCGGCAUCCUCCAUCUUGAUGAAUCUCAAAAGAAGGAUCCUACUAAUGAUGAAUCUCAAAAGAAGGAUCCUACUAAUCUUAAGCCAAAAGAAGAGGAAGUCGAUCUUGAGGAGCCCCUUAUCAUCUUAAAGUUGAAGCGAUCUAAAGUAUCUCCUUCCAAAAGAUAUACGAUGAGAAAGAGUGAGCAAAUAUCUUCGCAGUGUUCUAUUUCUCCCAAUGCAAAAUACAGUACUUCAGACCUACAAUAUACAAAGAGUGCAGCAGCAGAUGAUAAAGAAAAUAUUAGAGUGAGCAGAACGAUAGUUUUGAUCAAAAAAGAUGAUUCUUUCCUGUCAUCAGAACAUGAUCUAAGGAGGGAUCCGCACUCCAGCCCUGAUUUAGUUUAUCAUGUCAAAAGUGAGGCCUCGGAGAUCUGUUCAUCAAUUGACUUAGAUGUAGAUGCCAAUUCUCUUUCAGACAUCAGCCCUCUUGACAGUUCAUCGAGUGAGCUAUUUCAAAAGGUAGAAUCAGUCGAUUCAGAUUGUACAGAAUCAGCUCGUUUCACUAACAAUCUCCUUGAUUUGUGUCUCCAUCCAGCUGAACCAGCUUACAUUUCUCCUAGCAGUCCUGAUUUAGUUUGUACCAUUGAAAAUGAUAGUGCUAGUAUGAUGUAUGGUAAUGCAAAUAGUGUUGUUUCUACUUCAAAUGAUUCCAGUGCAAAACACAAUUGCACAUUGAACCUCUCUUCUGAUCUGAUUGAGAUUAAUAAUGGAAAUUCAGCAAGUAAUGAAGAUAUAACCUCUAGUGAUAGUGAUUAUCCUACUUGUUCUUUAAACAAAUCUUCUGCUGAUUAUGUGGAAAACAGCGAGUACUGCUGUGCUUCUGAAGGUGCUCAAGAGCUCCUGGGUGGAGCUUUAAAUAUUGAACAUGACCUGGCGAUCAAAGGCAUUGCACUUGAGGGAAGCAUGCACAAAAGCACCGUAAAUCAAUUGGAUCCAUCGUUUAUAUGCCUCACUGGCAGCAAUCGGGAAAACAGUGGUGAUGAUACUUGUAUUACCAUUACAGCAAGUGAAAAUUCUAAAGAUGAUGGAUUACCUUUGCAGGAGUUGCCAAUAGAAACUGAAACAAAGGAUGUGACCAUUGAUCCUGUUUUUCUUUAUAAUGAAGCACGUAGUCUCGUCGACACUUUUAAAUUUGGUGCACAGGAUGGGCGUCUUGAAAGCAUAGUGUAUGAUGCCAUUAAUAACUAUUCAGAGAUAGAGACUAGUGAAACCACGUCAUCUCAUGGAGCAGAUGGUGCUGCAGAAGGGACCUGGCGUACAUCCAUGCCUCAGUUAUCUGAAUGCUUUAAUACUGUGGAAGACUCACCAACAUUUAAUGUAAGCUCGCCUAAAACUGACACUGCCUUAUCUUCAAAUGUGUGGCAAAGUAUGAAUAACCAAACAGCUAAAACAACUUAUUAUGCUGGUGAUAUGUAUGAAAUGGAUGAUGAUGAUGAUAAGGGAUCUACAGAAGCUCUUGAAGUCAAGUCUGCUCAGAUUUUACCGCCAUGUGCUAACAUGGAAAACACUGACGUGGAAGAGCUUUCACAUUCUGAAGCAGAGGAAAAGUGGCAAAUCACUGUUGAACAGCCAGCUUCAGCUACAAUUUAUCUGGAAGCGGAAGAUGAAGUCAGUCACAUGAAACAAGAUAUAAGAAAUAAUCAAAUAUUGCCAGAAGAACAUCCUCCGAAAAAGUUAUUAUCCAAUAGAAUGACUAUUUCUCCAACUUCUCAGGAAAAGCUUUGUCGGGCUAUAACUGGUAUUUAUCUAUGCGAUGGGAAUGAAAUGCCCAGGAGUAGGAAGAGGCUUUUGUUACUGUCUGGAAGUGGGGAACCUCAAUCCUCGCUACAAACUGAUAGCACCCCUAAGAAGCCAAAAAACAGUAGGGAUUGUUCUCUUUCACCAGUACCCAAAGGGAUUCUCAAAUCAAGAGAAACUUCUCGCACGACAGCUUCUUCUUGCAUGAAGAGUACAUCGCCUGACGUAGACAUAGAGAAGGCCAUUGAAUUCUCACAGUCGCAGAUGCGCGGCAUAGAAAAUGUUGCAGUGAAACUUCUAAAGGGUUUGAAGUCCAUGAAAAGCAUAGUGGAGGAAACGGUGUCUUCAGAGGCACAUUCUUUGCUUUCAAAAUACACUGUUGAUGAGAUCAAAGCAACCACAGAGAAUGCAACAGAGCUUGAGAGGACAACAAGGAGGUGGCUAAAUAUAAUGAUGAAAGAUUGCAACCGUUUCUGCAAAAUAUUGAGAUCAGCAGGGAACAACGCAGCUUCUCCUGUUAAUGGUGUUCACAAGGGCCGGAGGAAGAUAACUUUUGCAGAUGAAGCAGGCGGCAUGCUCUGCCAUGUUAAGGUUUUCAAUCAACAGGCAAGUUCUCUUGACGGACCUGAAACCGAGAAAGUUGGGUCUUAAAACAAAGAUGCAAAACUAUUUUUAGCAUCCUUCUAUGUCUAUGAUCCUCAUAGAAGAAAGCUAAAUAAUCUGCACAAUUCCGAGGCAAGCUCCUUACGCAGAGAUCGUGAGAUUGCUGGGACGACUCCACUUGUACAAAGUCUCAUCUCAAUGUGCCUCGGCAAUAAUGCUAGAGUACUGCCAUUCAGUUGUUGUUAAACUAUUGCCAGAAGAGAAAGUUUAGGAUUCUGUCGGAUCAGGCUCGUUGUAAGUGUGACAUAAGUUACUAAAUUAGCUAUAGAGAGUUGUUUGGUAAGGAAAAUCUUUCUAACUUGUCUUUAGGGAAGGCUACUGAUUGUAAGAAAACAUGCAAGGAAGAGAGAACUUAUCUCUUCUGAUCAUAAUUGAUGGAUGGUAUCCUGUAUUUGUUGUUUGACAAA